GUGAUGGGUCCCUGCAGACUCUGCCGCGCACGCAGCGAGCGCACGCAUCGGGCUUCGUCAACGGCGGCUCUCGCUCUCUCGCGCUCUCUGUCCGGCGGGUGGAGGAGGUUGUGGUGGUUGGUGGACGGGAGUUUCGCUUUUUUUCGUUUUUGUGCAAGCCGUGAAUGAGCGGGGCCGCUGGAGAAGUUCAAGAGCGUCAAGCCGGAUCAGAAUCUGCCGGACGCAAUUUUAGUUUUUUUUUGCUUUUUGCUCGAUCCGACUUCGACAGCGGGAACAGUUUUUGCGGGAUCUGCAGCAAAAAAACGGAAAACCGGUGACAUUUCGAAAAGGCGAAAAAGUUCGGCAGCUCCUCCGUCAUUCCACCGUUGAAAAGUGAGCAGAAAACGCAUCUCAUCGUCGAGGAUCUUGCGGGGGAAGUUGAGCAGUUCUGGUAACGAACCGUCGCAGAGGACACGGGACAACUUUGGUUGUCGGGUACUUAUCGGUGCAUCGUAUACACACACACACAUAGGCAAACAUUCACUUGCUCGCGCACGCACGUACACGUGUGUCCAUUGUAGAGCACGGGAAGAACCCUUGAAGCCAGGGGCGCACCGACCUCAGAGGUUAAGCCCUGCUGGCCACCCGCUAGCUUCCCCCACCCACCUCUCCUCGUGGCUGAAAAGGCUGCUGCGAAUUCCUCGCCCGAGCCAGCAAACACCCUGCGAUUAACUGACCUUUUGUCUGGCUUCGAAGAGAGAAGUCCUGAUUGGAGAAACCUGCCCUCGGGGUUAAGGACUGGACAAUUCAAGACCUCUAAUCUCCGGCUCGCCAUCUCCUCCAACGCAGGGAUUAUUUGAGCCGGGGGGUCACCUGGGCUUUCUCUUCUGCUGCGGCUGCAAAGUUGCACUCCUCUGGGUUCUUCUGCGAGCAGUCAAGAAACUUCCAGUCGGUAGAGGCGUCAGCGGUCGUGCCGGGAGCUCCCGUGGGAUGCGCUGACUCGAUGCCGCCCAAGAUGUCUGUGUUGGGGCCGGGUUCGCUGCUGCUGGGAGCGAUGCUGGCCCUGGUCGUGUUCGCGCGCCCGUCCCCCGUGGAGCAGAGGGGGCCCACGGACGCCAGCACCGACCGGCCGGACGCAGGCCCUCCCUUCUGGACCCACCCUGAGAAGAUGGACAAGCGUCUUCACGCCGUGCCCGCCGCGAACACCGUCAAGUUCCGCUGCCCGGCCGCAGGGAACCCCCCUCCUGUCAUCCGCUGGCUCAAGAACGGCCGGGAAUUCCGCAGCGAGCACCGCAUGGGCGGCAUCAAGCUGAGGCAGCAGCACUGGAGCCUCAUCAUGGAGAGCGUCGUGCCCUCGGAUCGCGGCAACUACACGUGCAUGGUGGAGAACCGCUACGGCUCCAUCAACCACACCUACCAGCUGGACGUCGUGGAGCGCUCGCCGCACCGGCCCAUCCUGCAGGCCGGACUGCCGGCCAACAAGACGGCGGUGCAGGGCAGCGACGUGGAGUUCCAUUGCAAAGUGUACAGCGACGCGCAGCCCCACAUCCAGUGGCUCAAGCACGUGGAGGUGAACGGCAGCAAGUUCGGCCCCGACGGCUCGCCCUACGUGCAGGUCCUCAAGACGGCCGGAGUGAACACGACAGACAAAGAGAUCGAGGUGCUGUACUUGUGGAAUGUCACCUUCGAGGAUGCUGGAGAGUACACCUGCCUGGCAGGGAAUUCUAUCGGGUUCGCCUAUCACACUGCUUGGCUAAAUGUCGUGCCAGCCACGGUGAAGGAGUUGAGGGACAGCGGCUCACUGGACCCCAUGUACACGGAGAUCGGCAUCUACUGCACCGGCGCACUGCUGCUGUGCCUCAUGCUCGCCGUGAUGCUGCUCUACCGCUGGAGGCACGCGGCCACCAAGAGCCUCCCCGAGCCCAAACUCUGCAAGCUCUCCAAGGGCGUUCCGCUCAAGCAGCAGGUGUCCAUCGACUCGAGCUCGUCGCUGACGUCGCACACGCCGCUCGUGCGCAUCACGCGCUGCUCCUCCAGUGACGGCGGGGGGCUGCCCGGGGUCUCCGAGUACGAGCUGCCGGAGGAUCCCCGCUGGGAGUUUCCGCGCGACAGGCUGACUCUGGGAAAGCCCCUGGGCGAAGGCUGCUUCGGACAGGUGGUGAUGGCCGAUGGGCUCGGAGUUGACAAGGAGAAGCCAAACAAGCCGGCCACUGUGGCCGUCAAGAUGCUCAAGGACGAUGCCACGGACAAGGAGCUCUCGGAUCUGGUGUCCGAGAUGGAGGUGAUGAAGAUGAUAGGAAAGCACAAAAACAUCAUCAACCUUCUGGGAGCCUGCACCCAGGAUGGACCCCUGUACGUGAUUGUGGAGUACGCUUCCAAAGGGAACCUGCGGGAGUACCUGCGGGCGCGCCGACCCCCGGGCGUCGGCUACUCGUUCGACCCGAUCGGCUACAGCGAUCCGAGCGAGCAGCUCACCUUCAAGGACCUCGUGUCGUGCGCGUACCAGGUGGCGCGCGGCAUGGAGUACCUCGCCUCCAAGAAGUGCAUCCACCGCGAUCUGGCGGCACGCAACGUCCUGGUCACCGAGGACAACGUCAUGAAGAUCGCAGACUUCGGCCUGGCCCGCGACGUGCACAACAUCGACUACUACAAGAAGACCACCAACGGUCGACUGCCCGUCAAGUGGAUGGCGCCCGAAGCACUGUUUGACAGGGUGUACACCCACCAGUGCGACGUAUGGUCGUUUGGAGUUCUUCUGUGGGAGAUCUUCACUCUGGGUGGCUCCCCAUACCCCGGCAUCCCAGUGGAAGAGCUCUUCAAGCUCCUCAAGGAAGGACACCGCAUGGACAAGCCCAGCAACUGCCCCAACGAGCUGUAUAUGAUCAUGCAGAUGUGCUGGGCAGCCUCCCCAUCGCAGAGGCCCACCUUCAAGCAGCUGGUGGAGAGCAUGGACAGGAUCCUCACACUCAGCUCGCAGGAGGAGUACCUGGACCUGUGUGCCCCACUGGAGCAGUACUCCCCCAGCUUCGCGGACUCCAACAGCACGUGCUCCUCCGGGGACGACUCGGUGUUCGGCCACGAGUCCGUUCCGCCCGUGCUCAUCGGCCCUCCGCUUCCACCCCCGAAACCGGCGCAGCCCGAGGAGGGCUUCACUCAGGAGCUGCCGCUCGCCGAGCCAAACCCGCCGCGCCAGCCGCCCCAGCGGACGUAACUCCGUCAGGCGGGGCGGAGCGGGGGGGGGGGGAGUGCGCUGGCAGUGCUGCCUGGGUUCGGUUUGGUCGUGCGACCUCGUUUGCCCUGGGUGCCCACGUGCACCAACAUGGGCCCAAAACGGCCCCACUGGGGCUGGUAUGUUCACGAGGACCCUGUGGACCGUGUGCCACGUUGCCCCUGUGUAGGCCCUGUGUCUCACCCACGCUGAUCCGGUCCAGAUGAAUUGUGUCCAGCAGCUGUAAGCUUAACUGUUCUUUCUAACCGAUGAUGGUGAUUUACCCUCGGUUGAACGUUUCAUCCGAAUUUUAUAAACUUAAACCACGCUCCUUACGUCUCGUGUAAAUUUGGAUUUAGAUCUUCUAAAUUCUGCGCGUUUGACAACUUUCCAACAUACUUUCGUAUAAUUGAGUAAUGCUACCUUGAAGCUUAAACGUUAAUACGUAAUACGUACCUUUCUUUAAGCCUAUGAAUUAUUUUUGCUGCUACUGCAGAUGGUGAUAUAUGCUGGUGUAUUGUUUUUUUUUGGUAAGCAAUCAUGCACGAGGACUGUGGGAGUGCCACUUCUUUUUAAGUUAUGUUGUGAAGACAUUGGCGCCAUUUGAAGAUGCCUCCUACUGCUCGAAACGGUCGCGACUUGGACUUGAAUGAACUUUGCUCGAGGAAAAAAAUAACGAAACCCAGUCAACGUCUCGGGUUAAAGACAUUGCAGAUGGGCGUCAAAAGUCAACCCCUUCACACUUGAGCGUGGGCUGUCCGUGCCCACUAGGACAAGAGAACAAUACCCGUGAGACCUUGGAGGCAAUGAUGAUGGACCGUGAAUACAAUGACACCUGCUUUGGGACCGUCUUUCCUCACACAUUGGGAAUUUUUUUCUCCCGUCCGAAAAAGAUGUUUGUGUGUAACCUACUGAAAACUGUUGGUACAGCACAUUUUGAAGCUGGGGAUAGCGGAUUUUUUUUUUAAAUGCGGUCUACAUGGUACGAAGAGGAAUCGCCUUUCAUGUAAAUGUAUAAAUAGUUAUAUGUAUAUUUUAUAAUAUUAAUAAUAUUGACAAUACUGUAAUAAUAGUAAUUUUGUACUAAACAGUAAUUACAGGUGCAUUUUAGCAUGUAUAUUAAUAAAAAAUAUAUAUAGAUUAUUUUAAUACAGAGGGCCUGAAAGCCAUUUCUGUUUUUUUUUGUUUUUUUGUUUUCAGGAGUACAACAACAGAUAAGAAUGUACGCAGUGCUGUAAUGCAUCAGACUGGUCUGGCAGCUCAGAAAGAUAAACGAUAGAAAAACGGUUGUUUAGCCAGUAACACUUAUUCUCUCCUUUAUUCAUAAAAAAAAACCAUCAGGGGACUUUCUGAAGAAGGAAAACAAAGUUUAAUAUAUGCCAUUGUCUAAAGACAAAACCUGAAAAGCUACACUUUGCUGUACGGUUUUAUAUAAACAUUGAAAAAAAAAUAUUAAGAAUCGACACUAACAGUAUUGUUUUCUUUUACUAAUGUUUAUACUUAUUGUGUAUGUACAUUCCAAGCAUUUCGCAUGCGUCGUAAAAACAAAAGCAAGUUAAAUGUCAUAUAAGAUUGUGCCUAAGACCGUGGCGGCUCCUCAAUAGGGAUUGUAGUGUUCAGACAAAUCUCCAGUCGCGCGCCCUGCGCCCACGACUCAUCAUCUUUCGCAGGGAGGUUCAGGUAUGAUCUGUAUGUACGUUUGUUGAACUUCUUUCACACCGCACGUAGCCAACCGUGCCAGUCGGCCAGGUGCGGAAGGACAACAAAACGGAAACACAAAAAGCGGUUCUAACGAAGUGAGUUUUAAAUCUAGAUUUCAAAGUGCACAGCUCUCUCUCUGUGUGUGUGCAUUCCCAAUAUCUCACUCGAUGUGUCAAUUGAUGUCUAAAGUAAGCAAGCCUGGGAGGCACUGGUGCCCCCCCCCCCUCGCCCCACGAGAACCGGUGCGCGGCAGUCAAUAGAUUGGCAGCCUUGGGUGGAGGCCCCGCCCAAAACCGUUCUAGCCCCACCCACAAUCGUUCUAGCCCCACCCAUAACCGCUGUAGCCCCGCCCAUAACCGUUCUAGCCCCACCCAUAACCGUUGUAACCCCACUCAGCUCAUCUUUGCACCGCCUCCCCUAAAGACACAUGGUGACAGCGACGGUGAAGGCCAACGGUGGUUAAUGAUGACUAAUGAUUGGACAUAAUGAGUGAUGAUGGAAAAUUAUGCUGAAGAUAUUGUUGAUAACGAUAGUCGUGAUGAUGAUGAUGGUGGUUAUGAUUAAGAUUAAUGAGGAUUGGGGAUGAGAGGAUGGCAUGAUGGCAUGCUUCCAGGCCCCCAGACAUUCCCUCGAACCCUGCGUCAAAUGCCGAACACCCCCAAAACAUUUGAGCACAACCCGCCACUGGCCUGACAUCUAAUUUAUUGAUAGUUUUUAAUAAAAUGUUAUAAAUAACAAUUGUGCGCGCGUCUGUUUGUUGUUGUUUAAGGACACACCGAAUGUUUCCGCAACAAAUGUGCGUGCGAACAGAGCUCCCUGCCACAUUCACCACAUCGGCAUCACCGACUAGAUGACAAAGCAUUAGAAAAGCAGCAUCUUGAGGAUGCGAACUUUGCUUAAAAUUAACUUUUCUGCACGUAGCGGUGGGUGACGAUUGCAUCGGCUUGGCGGGUAUUACGUUCUCUGAAAUGAGCUUCACACCCACUCAGUGUUGGAAUCCCACCCGUCUAACGCAAUCUGACAUCUUCACUUUGCCGGCCCACUCGUGGCUCUGCUUUCAUCCUCUCUAGCGAGUAUCCGUGGGGACGUCGCAUCACAGAAGCUGUUUUUGGAAAUCCUCCAGCUUCUGCCAUAGUACGUCGAUGCCGCGAACACCAACGUUGGUUCGGCUCGCUUGUACCCCAAAAAGCCACCGCGGUGCACGUGUUUCUCCGCUGCGUUGAUCGUACAGUCGCCCUUCCCCAGCUGCGAGGACACCACUGCUCGCGCAUGCUGUUCUUGAAAGCAGAUUUUUUUUCAAGCGGGAAGUGUGGCUUGUUUUUAUAAAACAAUAACCCCUUUUAUCGCGAGGGCCAUAGCAUUUUUUGUGUUUAUUUUGCCACGACGCAGGGCUUGUUAAUAUUGGCCGAUGCUGGAAUGUAUGCGGAGGAAGUAUUUAAAGAGAUGCCUUUACCAACACUCCCUCAUCCCCCUCCCCCUCCCUCCAAAGCCAGUCACAGAUUUCCUGAAUCUGAUAUCCAUUCUUUCCUCCACCCCAUGACCUCUCAAUAGUGUUUUUUUGUUUUUUUUGUUCCUCAACAGCCUCUGUAAUGUCACCGAAACGUGCAGAUCAUGUAAACAGAGAAGGUGACAUGCUACAUCCUGCUGCUGCUGCAGUGUUUGCAUAAACAAAUGAUAUUAUUAUUUACCCAGGGAAUUCUCAUUGAGUCUCAAGACCAUUUUUCAAAAGGGCCCUGCAUUGAGACAGUUUGCCAACUCCAUUGAUGAGCAGCUUCAUGUGGGAGUGAACCAUAGUAUUCAGAAGGAAAAAUAAACCCACGCAUACGAGUAAAUAAAACGCAAAUCUGCGCACGGAUAGAUUCAAACCACAAGACGUACCAAAUACAUGCAAUGUGUGAACUGAGCCUAUGGAUUGAAAUGCCAUCUCCUGACCACCUCGCAACCCCGAGCCUCAUGCCUACAAAAUCAGGAUGUUCCAGGUAGUCUCCCAAGCGAUAAUAAUCAGGCUCAGCUCUGCUUAGCUUGUGAUGUCUGUUCAAAUCUGGAACCUUUAUGAUGAUCUGGCCUUAAGCAAAUGAGCCUCAUAGCCCAAGGGGAGGUUGGAAUCUUUCUAAUCCCAAGAGGCUUAAAAGUGCUCAUGCCCCAUAGUUGUGAAACUAACAUGAUUUGUUUUCAUUCCUUCAUUCAAAUGCCAAACAAUAUAUAUACAAGCUUUGAGUACGUAUGUAUCAGGGCAAUAAAAAAGUACAGGAAAUUUGCUACCAAUAUAAUAAUGCACCUCAAUCAUAGAUUAACAGACACACUCACACUUGCUCCAUUAUACUAUGAGAUGAUAUAUACUUUACAGCCCUUUGUCAAUCCACUGCUGGAUGAAGGCCUCCCCACGUCAUGUCAGUCAUGGGAAUUGUGCGAUCAUGCUUCACCACACUGGUCAGUAGUUCGAGUUUGUGAAGAGGCGGCACCCAGGACUGGUUCCGAUAUCAUUCCUCACUAAUUUAGCUCUCGCCCGGGAAUCGAAAUCUGGUCGGCAGGUUCCUAGCGCAAAUGCGCUCACCGCCGUUACACCACUCUAACACAUUUCUAUAGUUCCUCAUGUACGUGUACUUUUUAACACACUGUUCUAAUCAAAUGUUCACCUCUCCCUAAAUGUUUGUUAGCAGUGCCUUAAUCCACUGGGCCACAGCUCCCACCCCGAGAUUUAAUCGUGGAGGUGUAAAACGCCUGUGUGUUGAGGCAAGUGUUAAAAGUGGCCUUUUUGAAGCAACUUCAAAGCAGCAGAACGAAGGAGAGGGAACCACAGAGGGCAGCUCGCACACGCGAAGUGACGAACACAAAUGUUUUAUUUUUUAACUGAAGACAAACAUGAAUAGGAGCUGGUUACUUGAGACCAAAAAGCGGCCGACGAAGGUGGAACUGCUAUAUAAAUCAUAUGUGGAAUGCUUUAGGAAAAUAAUAAUAUAAAGUUUUGGGCCAACUUUUAUGGCGUUUAAAUGUUACCUAUAUUAGACCAUUCAGACACUGGCCAUGCCUGUCUGACAUGGCAGCCUGGAGCAGUCAGAGUAGGCCGUUAUGUACCCACAAAAUUGGCAACAUUGGUAUGGAAAUUUGCGUGCAAUUAUUCAACUUUUCCCCAUUAAAGAGAGCACAGUGUCGCCUUUCACGAGACCUGCACGUAGCUCAAAGGCGUUCCCCUCUUUAAUAAAGACAUGUACGUUUCAUCCAAAGAAAUGAACGUAUGAAAUUAUAAUUGAAAACACGUAAAUAAUGUAAUAAUAGAUUAGCAGUGUAGAAUUAUGCCCCGGAGGUUACACACACGAGACUGACUAGAGCGCGCCCUAUACCUGUCUUCCGCGGUUUCUCAAUGGGGAGCAUGAACGGCUGCGCGAUCCUGCACGCAACAUCACUUGUGAAGUUGCCCCACUUUUCUUAACAGAGUAUUGCCAUGCAGCGCACACCGGUUCGCCUGCCUCCCUCGGCCUGUGGGCUGGCUUAGGGUACAGGCUCUGGCCGGCUUGACCUUGCCCAAGCCCUGAACAGCUGCACUGCAGGAAAUACACAAUCAUACUCUUUGGUUCUAUUCGGUAAAGUCACGUAGGUAAAAAAAUAAAACAACAAAAAUCACGACGUUUCGGCCACAACAAUCACUCAACCAUGAUGAGCAUGUGUAUCUUGCCAAAUGCACACUUUCAAAAAUUGCCUCACUUUGCCAUGAAGCAUUUGUUUUUUUGGCAAAACGCUGCUGGGUAAUUAAAGUUUAGCAAAAAAACCAUGUUUUGCUCACUUGUAAAGGAACCUUGGUUGAUAUGGCCGUUCAGCUUUUUAGCUUCCACUAAUUUGAAUCACUUUUAAUGUGUCAAUAUGAUCACUUUAAGGAUGUACUUUAUUGUUCCAUCUCAUUCCACGUGACGAGCUCAUUUGUUGA